UACCGUAUUGCAGAAUAUCCUGUAUUUUGGACUUUACGCGUCACCCUACGUGUGGUUAAACGUAUAGUUUGGAUUAUCGUCUCGGAUUUUUUUUGGGAGAAAUUCACAGUACUCAAAAUUGGUCUUGUUGAUCUAUUUGGACAAUUAUCAAUGCCGGUUACUCGUAAUAUGUCUAGAGAACUGGAAAACGCUGAAGAACAUCUUCGAGUCAAUUUAUCUUCACCGCAAGUUUCUUCUUUACCUGUUUCCUUAUCUGAUUUUGAUAAUUUUAAACACACCCCUCAUGUCAGCCUAGGUUUUGAUAAUAUUGCUAUGGGAGGUAGUGUAGUAGUAGACUCCGAUGUUGAUUCGGAUGUUGCUACCGAAUUAGAGAUCCUAGAGCUUAAGGUUCAAGAGCUUAGACUUCGCAGCAAACAACGAAAACUGAAGAGCGAGUGCUCUCAACAAGUUAAGACUGCAGCCAGCUGCGUUCGAUCUUGCGCCAAUCCUUCGAAAAGCCAACUCCUAGACGGUAGCACCAACUAUUGCGCAGAACAACCACCAGAGUCAAAUUGUACUGCCACACCAGUCCAACCACUCCUGAACUCAGUUAGCCCCAUUAGAAUGCCUCAAAUUGAGAUGGAUAAGUUCGAUGGUACACCAACUAAGUUCCUGAAGUUUAUAAGAUGCUUUAACAUGUUCAUAGGAGAACAAACUAAUGAUGACA